UAAACAUGAUUAAUCCUGUAGGUGCUCAUGUCAUAACUGUGAGCGCUACUGACAAAGAUCAGGAGCAAAAUGGCCUUAUUGAGUACUACAUCCUCCGGGAUCAAAACUUCAGCCCAUUCUUCCUGAUAGAAGAUAUGAACAAGGGGAAAAUAAUUACAACUGGAAACCUGUCUCAAUCUGGAGAGGUCCAUUUAACAGUGAUGGCUAAGGACAAAGGCUUUCCAUCUUUAAAUGACACUGCUAUGAUUACUCUUCAUGUGUUUGACAACCGUCCAUUUGUUCCACAGUUUAACAAGAGUGAAAUCAGCAUUUCCAUUUUGGAAAACACGGGAGUGGAUUAUUUCAUUUACGCUUUUGCUGUGGUUGAAACUUUAGGAAAACAAAUUGAUUACACAGUUUUAUCUGGCAAUGAAAAAGGUCAUUUUAGAUUGGAUCCAAAAAGUGGUCAGCUGAGAACAGCAAUUAAUUUGAACUAUGAGGAAGUUGCUCAGUAUGUGAUUUUAAUUGAAGCAAAUGAAAAUCUCUUAUCUGCCACAGAAGUCCAGUGUUCAGGUGUGUUUGCUCAAAACGUGGCAAUGCUGACAAUCUCAGUGCAGGAUGUAAAUGAAGAGCCAGCAUUUUUGAAUAAUGCCUACUCUGCUCGGAUACCGAACUCUGUGCCGUACAAGUACCCGGUUAUUACAGUUCAGGCCACAGAUCCAGAUUCAGGCAACAACGGACUUCUGCUGUACAGCUUAGUGAAUAAUCAAACGAACGAAUUUGACAUCGAUGAAAAUACAGGGCAGAUUUUUGCUGUCUCUGUAGCAGGAAAGGCUGGAACAUUUUAUCUGGAAGUCCAAGCUGCAGACCAUGGCACAAGAAGACUCACAGCCCGGACAACAGUCAAUGUAACCAUCGAUUCCAGUUCCAGUAACAACAUUGUGGUGGUGGUACUUAAUCAGAAGAUCAAUGUUGUUGAAAGAAACAUUGCUGAAGUAAAAAGAGUCCUGGAAAAUGAACUUGCAUGGAAUAUAUACAUCAUUGGUGUCUAUUCCAAUGAGUUUGAAAGAAAAGCAAGAAGCAGCACUGAUGUAACCUAUGUAAAAAUUAUUGCUUUUGAUGUGGCAAACCAGGAGGUAUCUGCAGAAGAUGUAAAAAGAAAACUUAGGGAGCAGAAGAGUAACAUUGAGAUGGAACUGGCAAAAGUAUUUUCAAUGUCUGUUACUGCUGCCAUAGAAGAGGCUCCUGCAGACUCAGCAACUCCGGAACUCAUUGCAACGAUCGUGCUCAGCGUUCUGCUAGCCUGCACCCUCAUAGCCUGCCUGGUAUAUGUGCUUUUCACUAUAAUAAGGAAAAGAAAGUAUGAGGAACACUAUUUGGUUAAGAAGCAAGCUGAAAUUAUAGAGGGUAUUGAUAAUCCAUGUGUGACUGUCGAAAAUGGAAGUCUGAGAAGCUUAGAGAAACUAGAGCACCUGGAUAACGUGAAAACUGAAAUAAUAGCAUUUAGCAAUAUGGAAGGCACCAAAGGAGGUGGUGCUGACAAAGACUUAAUUCAGGCCAAUGAAAAGUACAAUUACCUCAAGACACUACUGUUAGAUUGCAACCGUGACCACGAGGAAAACGUAGUGCCUGAAAAAGCUGCCGAACCUAGAAAUGUAGAUGCCCAGCCCGCUGCAGAAUUUGCAACGAAGCAGGAUUGCUUUCUGACACAUGGAAAUCAAGAGUCAGCUUUUUCCUCAACACCUGAUCCUGUAACGCCUGCCUCUGAAAAAGAACUGAAAGGCGUAAAAUUUUCAGAAGUGGCAAUUAUUUUGGACGCAGAGCCUGAAGAUGAUGAGCCUGAAGAUGAUGAGCCUGAUGAAGAUGAUGAGCCUGAUGAUGACGAUGAGCCUGAUGACGACAAUGAGCCUGAUGACGACAAUGAGCCUGACGACGACAAUGCAUUUUUUCAUCUAUAAGAAUGCUUGAUGAAGAAAACUUCUAGGAAAUCCACGACACUCAUUGGAAUGGUACAGAAUUAAAUGAGCAAUAAGAAUACGGGAACGCUAUCCAGAUUUUAAUUCCUGCUACUCCUGUUGUUUGUGCUGUAAGAGACGGCCAAGGAAAAAUCAAAAGCAAUAGGCCAGAAGGGCUUGCAGGAUGGUUGUAAGGGAAGGUCGCUUCCCUGGACGCAGUGCUGUCUUACGGCACGUUUAAUUCCUUACGGCGUGUGUCAAAUGAAUGGCAAGACAAUAAACCCGGUUCCAACUGUGUUGCCUUGUCGUUAUUUGAGAUGAAAUAUGUCACGACUUGAGAUGAAGUACGGCUAGGACAUCGCCUUUUCUGUUCUUCUGCACACAACUCGCCGUCGCGGUUGGUUUUUUGAA